AUGGUGAUCGUGGGAGAAAGAGUAGAAGAAGGACUGAAAAGUGGUCAAAUCCAGGGAGGUUCCAGCAGUCAACCAAUCUUGAAGAAGCCUUUCAACGGAUUCAAGAGGAAAGAGGGUGAGACUAGUGCCAUUUCUUCUCAGAGGGGGAGGCCACCAUACAAGGCUCCUGCUUCUGUGCCUUAUUAUCAGUACCCUUACGUAGCGGCUGCUCAAUAUCCAACCAUGCCUUACCGUCCAAUUGCUCUUGUAUCUAUUCCAGCUCCGGUACCUCACUAUCAAGUUCCAGUUCCUCAUUAUCAACCUCCACAAUCUCAGUUCCAGGAUCCUCCACCUCAACAUCAACAGAGAAAUCAACAGAAUAAUCAACCACGUCCAGUUCAGCAGCAACGACCAAAUCAACACAGGCCAUAUCAACAGGACAAUAAUGUGAAUACCACUCCUAUCCCAAUGACUUACACUCAAUUGCUACCGUAUCUGAUUCAGAAUGGGACUGUUGUGCCAAGGGCAUUACCUCCAAUGCCGAAGCCGCAUAAGCCUUGGUAUGAUGAGAAUGCUAGAUGUGCCUUUCAUGCUAAUGCAGAGGGUCAUACAAUAGAGAAUUGCAAGGUGUUCAAACUCCGGGUUCAAGAGUUGAUAGAUCAGAAAAUAUGGUCUUUUGUUGAUGUUCCAAAUGUGGGGAACAAUCAUUUGCGUAAACAUGAUAGUUCAGGUGUCAAUGCUAUAGAAAGUUCAACUGAUGAUGGAUCGAUAAAGGAUGUGUUCAAGUUGAAGACUCUUUUAACAGUGGUCUAUGCUAGAUUGAUGGAAGCAGAAUUGAUGAAUGGAGUACAUGAUAAUUGUGUGAUGUGUUCGUCCAACCCCGAUCAGUGUGGUGAAUUGAAAAUUUAUCUUCAACAUUUGAUGGAUCAGCGGGUUAUUCAGUUCACUAGAGCAAAGAUUGAUGAGGAUGUUGCCGUGAUUGUGCCUGUGUUUGAUCAAGAGAGGCUUCCCAAGCCUUUUGUGGUCCCUUAUCAGAGAAAUGUUGACCUAGAGCCAGUGAAGAAGAUUGAGCCCAUGGUUAUUUAUGUUCCCGCUCCAUUCUCAUUUGACAGUACCAAAGCAGUGCCUUGGAACUAUGAGCCUAUAGUUUAUGUGGGUAACAAACCAGUAAUCUUGAAAGAGCCAGAUAUGACUAACAUCACUGGAGCUAGUGGUGUGACUCGAAGUGGAAGGGUUUUCGCUCCUGAAGUGAUCCCAAACAAAGAAAGUGCACCAGCAGUUGAACCAACAAAGGGGAAAGAGGUGAAUCCUCCAGAAGCAGGAGAAGGCUCAUCUAAGUAA